AUGAACUGUGAAGCGAAGCAUGCAUUGCACUGUGCAGCAUUGCUUACGUGGAUCUUAGGAUUUGCCUAUUUUUGCGGAGUUUUCACUGAACCUCAAAUACCUAUUACGUCAAGUCCAUUCGAAAGUCGAGAGACAUAUGCUGGAACCAGCUGCCAGUAUCAUAUCAGUAACAUCAGGUGUUCCCCUGAUGUUAUGUUUAUGGGAUGGUGCCAGCCGCGUUCCACCAUGCUAGUGGCUGCUUUCUGUAUCGUUAUGAGAGGUAAUGCUGUGACGCUUGAUUUGUGGCAGAUGUCCAUAUGCCUGAAGCCUACUGGUGACGAAAAUAUAGCAACUAAUAUGAAGACAUGUUACGAUGCGGGAAUGGAGAAUUUUAUUUUUGAAGUAGUCGCAGAUAACGCUAUUCACCUACCGCCUCAACCACGAGUACGGAAAGUUGUAGUGCCAACAUCUUAUCGAACGAAGAGCGGUGCAAAAUUCAAGGCUCUGCUUUACAAUAUUGUCUUGAAGACGAUGUCAAUAUCCUCCAGAUCACGGGUUAUCGUUUUGCAGAUAUGUGGAAUACUGAACUUCUGUGAGGACGGUCGGCACCAGUUUGGCCAAGGUGUAAUCACUUAUGCUAGCGGUGAAUUUGUCAACUGGUUGACGACAAUGUCUGACUCUCGGUACGGUUUUCAUGUUUUUCUACCGACCAUCAUUCGCCUAUGUGAAACGUCGCAAACCAAUCAUCUAUCGUUUUUAAAAGUCGCCGAUGAUAUGGGCCAACUGCGACUGCAUUUUAAACUGUUCCACAAACCGUUGUUUGGUUGGAAAGGUUCAUUCUUCGUUACACCAGUGGAUGUGAAAUGA